UGGCCUUGUAUGUCGCUUGCGUCGGUCACUUUAUGGUCUAAAGCAGUCUCCUCGAUCCUGGUUUGGUAAGUUAAGCACGGUUAUCCAGGAUUUUGGCAUGACUCGUAGUGAAGCUGAUCACUCUGUGUUUUAUUGCCACUCUACUUCAAGUCUAUGUAUUUAUCUGGUAGUCUAUGUUGAUGAUAUUGUUAUUACGAGCAAUGAUUAGGAUGGUAUUACUAAUCUGAAGCAACAUCUCUUCCAGCACUUUCAAACUAAGGAUCUAGGCAGAUUGAAGUACUUUCUAGGUAUUGAGGUUGCUCAAUCUAGCUCAGGUAUUGUUAUUUCUCAAAGGAAAUAUGUGUUAGACAUUCUUGAGGAAACAGGGAUGACAGGUUGUAGACCUGUUGACACACCGAUGGAUCCGAAUUCUAAACUUCUGCCUGGACAAGGGGAGCCGCUUAGCGAUCCUGCAAGCUAUAGGCGGCUGGUUGGUAAAUUAAAUUAUCUCACAGUGACUAGGCCCGACAUUUCUUAUCAUGUGAGUGUUGUAAGUCAGUUUAUGAAUUCUCCCUGUGAUAGUCAUUGGGAUGCAGUUGUCCGCAUUAUUCGGUAUAUAAAAUCGGCUCCAGGUAAAGGAUUACUGUUUGAGGAUCGAGGUCAUGAGCAGAUCGUUGGGUACUCGGAUGCUGAUUGGGCAGGAUCACCUUCUGAUAUACGUUCUACGUAUGGAUAUUAUGUUUUAGUAGGAGGAAAUUUGGUGUCCUGGAAAAGUAAGAAAUAGAAUGUAGUUGCUCGGUCUAGUGCAGAAGCAGAAUACCGAGCAAUGUCAAUGGCAACAUGUGAACUAGUCUGGACCAAACAAUUGCUCAAGGAGUUGAAAUUUGGUGAAAUCAGUCGGAUGGAACUUGUGUGCGAUAAUCAAGCUGCAGUUCAUAUUGCAUCAAAUCCGG